AUGGCAGAUACACCACUGGUUUUGUUUAUGAGUUGUUCAAACACUCAUCCCGAUGAAUUAAUAAAGUCGGUUUUGAAAGUUGAUGAACUUCCUCAAAAAAUCAUCAUCGAAGAAAAUAUAUAUGCUUUUUCUUGGCUUAUCGACAAUAAAUAUUACUCUGCGGAAGUAUAUUUAUGCUCUUUCCCUGAAAAGAAAUUAAUGAGCAAACAAUUUGCUGAAAGAGUACAAGCUGUUGUAUUACAUUUUGAUAGUUCUCAAAAAUACGAUCCGGAAAUUAAAUUAUUGGUUACAAAUAAUUUUCCAAAUGAAACAUGCACCAAGAAAGAUGCUUUGGAAUGGUGUGUUAAUAAAAAUUUUGAACUGAUCGAAUUAGAACCAAUAAUAGAUGAUGAAGAAAGUGAACUGGAAGAUGAUUUUCCUGAAAUUACAGGAAUUCCGAGAAUAAUUCAAGCAUUAAAUGCUCAUGUAUGGCCAAAUUUAGUUAUGAACUCUUUUCAUCAAGAUAAUAAUUUAGGCAGAGAAAAGUUAGAAUUAGUAAGGUCAUUAGAGGAAAUUUUAGAAAAUGAUAAUGACUUUUCUAUGUUAUUUUCUCAACUGUCAGAUUUAAAAGAAAGAGUUUCUUCGUAUUCUGGUGCUGAAAAGAAAAAAGCUGCAGAAGAGGUUGUAAAAGCUUUUUGGAAAGCCAUGGGUGGUGAUGAUGAUGAAUUUUCAGAUCAUUAA